AACGAGGAAGCGCGAGGGGGGUGAGGGUGACUAACCCAGAAAAGGAAGAAAGUUUAGGGUUUUGGCAAUCUUUCAAAUCGAAGUCCAAUUCAGUCUUCUUUCCCCAAUUUGGGAUUCCUGAUUUCGCUAAUCUUUCACGAUGACGGACGGCUACUGGAAUCGGCAGCAGGCGAUGCAGCAGGCGAUGCAGCCGGCGAUGCUCCCGUCCUCUGCCGUGCUUAAACGACCUCGUACUGAAUAUGAGAUGUCAACUUCUGGCAUGGCUUCAGGUAGUGAGAUGCAGGGUUAUGUUGCUCGAGAGGAUGAUCGAACUGGAUCUCUUGCUAUAAAAGACACAAAAACAAUCUUGUCUGCUUAUGAUCGCUACCUUCAGAGUGUGCAAAUGCCUUCAUAUAAUUCUGGAGAAGCUAGUACAAUGGGCAGUGUUGGUAUGGCAAGGCCUGUUGUCAGUACAAUGCCAGGUCAUUCACUAGCUGAUCCUUCUGUCAUGAGACGCCCUGGGAGUGGUGGCCAUGAUCUCGCACCAAAUGGACGAAAUGUUAAUUUUAGUGGUCAGCUACCAGUGGAUACUGUUCCAAGGCCUGGACCUGAGACAGUACCUUUACCACCAGAUGCUUCAAGUACUUUAUACGUUGAGGGCCUCCCUCCUGACAGCACUAGAAGAGAAGUGGCUCAUAUCUUCCGCCCUUUUGUUGGAUACAGAGAAGUAAGGCUUGUUACAAAAGAGUCUAAAACUCGUAGCGGAGAACCUCUUAUCCUUUGUUUUGUGGACUUUGCAAAUCCAGCUUGCGCAGCAACUGCUUUGAGUGCCUUACAAGGUUAUAAAGUUGACGAACUCAACCCUGAGUCUAGUCACUUACGCCUUCAGUUUUCUCGGUUUCCUGGACCAAGAACUGGGCCUGGAUCUCGAGGUAAGAGGUAAGCAAGAUUGCCUAGGGAAUCUGGAUGAAUGCGAAUCAUAGUGACCAUCUAUAUACAUCUUUAGUGGGUGAGCAUUUUCAUGGAUCUUAGAUAUUUCUCAUGCAAUUUUAAUCACCCCUCCGGCCUGCACUUGUAACAAGGAUUCCCUGAGGUGCACAUAAUAGCAAGAUAGGUUGAGAUCAAGUACAAUUUUAUUUGAGCGAAUCUAACGAGUGGAUGCUUCUGGGAUGUUGUGUUACUUAGUUUAUUAUUGCUGAAUAUUAACUACUUAUUAUUGCUGCAUUUUAACUUGUUAGCUGAUUUAUGUAGGAUUUGCAUUGUAUCGGCUGAAUAAAUGUUUCUUAAAAUCAUUUUAGAGUUACAAGUGUUUGUUUUGG